GGCUAUGUACCAUGAUAUAUAUCGCACUCAUGGACACAAACCUAGUGCUUGGGAACACAUCACAACUCCUAGUAUUCAGGAACAAAUUCAUCACUUCCAUAACUUCAACAGAAACCAAGCUUCCGAUCCACCGCCUACUAAAAAACAAGAAAUGGGCAAAUGGGAACAGAAAUGGAGAACCAAUUAUGUUGCCUUUUUUUCGAUAGUGGGACUUUCUUUCAGUGCCUGGUUUGGGUAUAUCUUAUGGAAAAGGUUGGAAGACAGACAACAAUCAUCUAAUGAAUCCCUGAAAAGUGCAUUGGAAUCAAGGGUAUCACCUUUACGAGCUCGACAGGACAGAAAGUCAACAGACCUAGCUAAAGUAAAAGAAUUAGACAUUCCCAGAAGAGAACAGAAAGACAAGUGAGGAUGAAUUGGUUCUAGUCAGUGGAGAUUCUGUGAUGAUUGUCAUGAAUUUUGUUUUUGUGUGGAAGUUACCAAAUCAAAAACAUCAAGAUAAUAUUAUCUAACAUAUUGUCAAAGCUAUAAUGUUUCCCAAGUAAAAAUGCUUAUACAUGUAUAUCUAAUAUACCUUAAAUCUUUUAGGUGUCUGUUUCAUACAAGAUGUUUAUAACAUGGGGACAUGAUCGGUAUCUGUUUGCGAUCCAUGUGUUUAAUAGUUAUCUGUACUAUGUGCGUUCAGGCUUUCUGAGUGGACAUUCUACGACUAGGAAAAAGGUAAACUCCGGUAAGGUGACCUGAACUCUCCACUUUUAUACUUGUAAUGCGUUUUUAUGAUUGUUUACUCUAUGUGAUAUGUUUAGCUUGACAGAACAUUAUGUGUUGUGUUUAGUUUGACGGAACUGUAUGUGUUAUGUGUUUAGUUUGACGGAACUGUAUGUGUUAUGUGUUUAGUUUGACGGAACUGUGUGUGUUGUGUUUAGUUUGACAGAACUGUGUGUGUUACGUGUUUAGUUUGACAGAACUGUGUGUGUUACGUGUUUAGUUUGACAGAACUGUGUGUGUUGUUUAGUUUGACAGACCUGUGUGUGUUUUGUUUAGUUUGACGGAACUGUAUGUGUUAUGUGUUUAGUUUAACAGAACUUUAUGUGUUACGUGUUUAGUUUGACAGAACUGUAUGUGUUGUUUAGUUUGACAGAACUGUAUGUGUUACGUGUUUAGUUUGACAGAACUGUGUGUGUUGUUUAGUUUGACGGAACUGUAUGUGUUACGUGUUUAGUUUGACAGAACUGUAUGUGUUACGUGUUUAGUUUGACAGAACUUUAUGUGUUGUUUAGUUUGACAGAACUGUAUGUGUUGUUUAGUUUGACAGAACUGUAUGUGUUGUUUAGUUUGACGGAACUGUAUGUGUUACGUGUUUAGUUUGACAGAACUGUAUGUGUUACAUGUUUAGUUUGACAGAACUGUAUCUGUUACGUGUUUAGUUUGACAGAGCUGUGUGUGUUAUGUGUUUAGUUUGACGGAACUGUAUGUGUUAUGUGUUUAGUUUAACAGAACAUUAUGUGUUACGUGUUUAGUUUGACAGAGCUGUGUGUGUUAUGUGUUUAGUUUGACGGAACUGUAUGUGUUAUGUGUUUAGUUUAACAGAACAUUAUGUGUUAUGUGUUUAGUUUAACAGAACUGAAUGUGUUAUGUUUAGUUUAACAGAACUGUAUGUGUGUUGUUUAGCUUGACAGAACUGUAUGUGUUGUUUAGUUUGACGGAGCUGUAUGUGUUACGUGUUUAGUUUGACAGAACUGUAUGUGUUACGUGUUUAGUUUGACAGAACUGUAUGUGAUGUGUUUAGUUUAACAGAACUGUAUGUGUUACAUGUUUAGUUUGACAGAACUGUGCAUGUUUUAAUAGUUUAGUUUAUGGAGUAAGCUAUAAGUGUGUUAUAUUUACAUGUGAUGUGUGUUAUUUAGAUGAAAUUCAGAAAUUUUGGAUAUGUAUAAUCAUUGAUUAAGAUAUUAAUAAGUUGCACUGCAAUUAGCAGCAGUCUUGUGCCAAACCAAUAAUCUGGAGCAUUUACCAGUACUUUUAAAUUAUUAAGAAAAGCUGAAAUAUAUAUUUAGAAUAUUGAUGUUCUCUAAUGGUAUUAUACAUGUAAACAUACAUGUAUAUUUUUAUGCUCGUAACAUAUUGGUCUGAGGCGUGCAGCGUUGUGGCCUGUAAAUAAUUAUGAUGAAGGAGUUUUGGAGAGUUUAAAAGUGAUAGGAUGCUGAUAUUUUGUGUAAACAUUCUUUUGGGAUAAAAAUUCCUUGCUAAUCAACCAAAUGAGAAUACUUUGAAUGUGUUCUGAAAAGUUUUGAACAUAUUAAAUAAUAUUGCAUAUGAUAGUUCCUUUUCUGGCAAAAUUGGAUGUUUGGCUUAUAUGUUUGCCAAGGUACAUGUAUGUAUUGAACAAUGUGAAUAACACUAAAUAACACUGUUACAUUAUAUCACAUAUGUAUUGUAUAUGGAUAUUGGGGAGUACAAAAUUUUCAUUUUUUGUGAAGGCAUCAGUUGAUAUGUCUUCAAACCUGUUGAGAGAGUGUCAAGCAUUUUAAAACCCCCAGCUUUGGAUUUUUCAAUUUUAUCCUAUUUCUUUUUUGUAUUUUUUUGACACUUUCCCAGAAACUACUAGCCAGAAAUAACUGUUAAUCAUCAUUCAGGAUAUACAGUACAGGGGAUGAGACACAACAUCCCAGAAGGUAGAGAGUUGUAGCAAUCUAGACGAAUCUGCCGUGGAUACAUAUGUAUACACGAGGUCUUACCAAAAAUCCAGGUAAUGUAUGCGUAAAAACGGUGAGCCCAACACGGAGAUUCAUUCAUUGGUCUAAUAUAUUGGAGAGCGUUUGUUGACAUGUUUCGGUUAUAGGGUAGCCGUCAUUAGAACAACCAGAUGACGGCUACCCCAUAGCCGAAAUAUGUCAGCUACGCUCUUCAGUAAAUUGGACCAUUAGAUAAAUCUCAGUGUUGGGCUCACUGUUUUUAUGCACACAUCAUCCAUUCAGGAUAGUCUUGGGGAAAUUACAUAAUAUGUCCAUAUUAUCAUCAGAACUUGAUAUUUAUUGUCUAAAUCUGAAUUUGUCUUCAUGAUUUUGUUUUAAAUACAAACAAAUAUAUUCAAAUACUCAGAUAUGAUUUAUGUCUGUGAAAAAGAAUAUGUUGAGAUGAAAGUACAUUGUAUAAUUUUUAGCAAUGAUAUUGUGGUUUUACUUUCAAAAGGUUGUAUAUCUGCGAGUCAAUCUCAUGCUAAAAACAUUUCAUAUAUUUCUAUGGGUCUAACAAAGGUGUAUAGUGAGCAUUACAUAUCUUCAUCAAAUACAAAACAAAAUACAAAACAGCUAAAGUGGUCUUGAAAAAAAUCAAACCUGUUCAUUAUUAAUUGAAUAGAACUUGAUUUGUGGGAACAUUGUCUAUAAUUCUAGUUGUUAACUUGUAAAUCAGGAAACAAUUUUAUUUUCUGUCAUAAUUAUUUUCAUACACCCUUCAGGUUUUGAUGGAGGUCUUAUGGUAGGGCAUUGUCUGUCAGUAAUAUUCUCAUAAACUUUUUUGUCCAAAGAUUACUGCUCACUUCCUAACUGAUCUCUGGAAAAAAAAAAAAAAAAAAACCUGGUUGGAUUUCCUAACAUAAUUACAUAAUGCAUAAUAAGUUGUGCAUUCUUAAGCAGCAUUUUGAUAUGCAAACCAUUCUUCUGUAUUUUCAUACAAAAAUGUGCGACUUUGGCUUAGUAUGAAAGUACUGUUUCUGGUUUAUGAAAACUAGGAUUGCCAUUUUAAAUUUAAACAACUUUAAUUAUAUGAAUUGUUUAAUUUCAAAUAUAUUUAAUUGAUAAACAAAGAUUGAGCAACUGACUUUUAAAAUUGUGUAGUGUAACUAAAUGUAUAGUGUUAGAGAUUGGAAUUUUGGAAUAAAGAGAUAUACAUUAUGUAUUUUACUGUACUAACAUAAGAAUUGAUGAAUCACUAUAAUUAGGUGGGUUAUCUAUCGAUACACUUUUUGAUAUGUUUUAAUUUACAUGUGUUGCUUUGUCGAUAUUUUACUGGGUAUCACAUAUUGACACAUAUGUACAUGUACUUUUAAUCAAUGCUGUUAAAAAUACAGGCCAUUUGAUGUUUUAUAUUUAUAAGAACACAAUAAUGCAAAUAUGAUGUGUGAAGAUGGAAAUAAAAUAUUUGAUUUUUA